AUGAGUGAAGUGGUAGUUUGGGGAGAGUUGCUCACGGGUUCGUAUGAGGAAUUGAUCAUCUUCUGGGGCGAUACCCUUGACGACUGUUACGGGGCUGUCCAGAAACCGAAAUAUAUCAGUUCAACGAUGGCAUGGAACUGCCAUACCCAGUCUAAUUGCACCCCCGCAACUAUUUUUUUCCUACCCUCGACCGUCAUCAGCCGUUCACUGAAAGCCGUAAUAGAAAAUACGAACAAAUUUUCCACCCAGUCCAAACCGAUUCUAGGAAGCCUUUCUUCAAGCCCACUGAACCUUUCGUCGGAUUAA